AUGGUGGAAAAUAAUCCAAGGGCUUGGCACGAGUUACUCUCUAAGGUCUUAUGGGCCUACAGAACUUCAAAGAAGGAAGCUACCAAUAUAACCCCUUAUAUGUUGGUAUAUGGACAUGAUCCAGUCCUACCAAUGGAAGUGGCGGUGAAAUCAACAAGGAUAACAUACCAACAUGGCCUCACUCCUGCAGAUUAUACUCAGGCUAUGUUGGUGGAACUUGAAAACUUGGAUGAAGUUAGGCUCACAGCCCUUGACCAUAUGUUGGUUCAGAAAAGGAGAGUUGCUAGAUCUUAUGACAAAUGUGUGAGGAAGAAGAGCUUUUCUGAAGGUGACUUGGUUUGGAAAGCCGUAUUUCCUUUAGGGGAAAAGAAUUCAAGAUAUGGCAAGUGGUCCCCGACCUGGGAAGGACCUUAUCAGAUUGCUCAAGUCCUUAGAGGUAAUGUCUAUCUUCUUAUGGACUUAAGUGGUGUUCUGUUUAAGCAUUUAACAAAUGGAAAGUACUUAAAACAUCAUUAUCCUACGAUGUGGGAAAUGAAAGAUUUUGGGGAAAAUAUUAUUAAUAAACCAUAG